AAAGUUCACACGUUAUUGUUUUAAUAUCGCGAGAGUUAGCGCAGCUCCUCACUACGUAAUGUGCCGUGCUGCUUAUGGCGGCGCUGGUGACAGUGCUGAAAGCUGUUGGGUAUGAAGUGAAACUGAAUUGAUUUUUGUACCAUCUGAAACCUACUUCAAGUUCAGAUCAUUGAUCGGUCAGAAGAAACGUCAAGGAAAAAGAAAACAUAACGAACAUCCCCAAAACGACCCCCAGCGGUACAACAACUCUGAAGACAAGAAGAACUGCACUGCUACAAACGAGAAAAACUAAAGCAACACGACACAACCAAAUGAGCAAACCAAAGAUUUAAGAAACAGAACCAGGCCGCAACGAGCGUAGCAACCAGCCAUCACCGUUAACAGCGAAGGCGAGACCUGAUCUGAGACAAGAAGUUUGUGCCUACUCAACAGCUUUGAAAAAGCACACGUCCCAACGCUGAACCAAGCCCUCCUUAUCCUCCCCGCACCUCGUCCUCCUCUGGGGUGUGGAGAGGGCUGCUGUCUGCUAGUCUUUUCAGAUUUUGACCUUUUUCUUUGUCAAUUGCAUACCGAAUCCCUCCCUGAUCUUUUUCCCCUUCCCUACCCCCAGUCUUUUUCUUGAUUUUCUGUUCACUAUUUUUCAAAAGCAGUGUUCACCUGCACUUGCCUUUUUAUUUGAAUUUUUUUUUGGCUCUUUGUUUUUUUUUUUGUUUUUUUUUGUAAUUAGAGCGUGUGCCUGAGAGGUGAGCCUUACAAGUGUGUGUGCGCGUGUGUGAUCCAAGUCUUGAACAUCGAUUAAUUGGUCCAAAUCAUUACAUCCUUCCGAGACAACAGAACAAGAAAACUGUGGCCACUGUAUGGGAGAAUUAUGGGUAGUCCCUGGAAAGGUUUUGUCGAGUUUACCUUGCCGGCAUCGCCACCUGCAGCAUUCCUUAGCGCUGACCUGAACAGCACCUCGCCCAUCGGGCUCAGCCUGUCACCCUACGGCCGAUCUUGUCUCACCUCCCCCUACCUUCACCUGAAGAUGGAGGCCUCAGAAACCCCUGUUGCUGCCCCCACCCCCUCCACCUCAAGUCAGCCAAUCCCCCGCUCCGCCUCAGUCUCAUGCCAUGCGUCUCGUGCAUCAGGGGGCAAAAAACAAAAGCGGACCCCUUUGUAUCAGCGAUCUAUGAGUUUUGACCCCAGUCUGCUGCAUAAUAAUGGCCAUGGUGGCUUUGCCAAUGGAACGAGCAUGGGAAUUCGUGAGACUGGAGUGGUUGAAAAACUGCUAGCAUCAUACGGCUUCAUUCAGUGCUCUGAGAGACAAGCCCGCCUCUUCUUCCACUGCUCUCAGUACAACGGCAACCUGCAGGAGCUGAAGAUUGGAGAUGAUGUGGAGUUUGAGGUGUCGUCUGAUAGACGCACUGGCAAACCAAUUGCGGUGAAGCUGGUAAAAAUCAAGGCAGAAAUGUUGCCAGAAGAGCGAAUUUCUGGGCAGGUGGGGCCUGACUUGCACGCCUCUCCUUUAACUGUGCUGCAUGGUUUUAUUCAUCCAGUAGUGUCAGCUAUCCCCUCUCACUUGGACGGGAAGUCUGCACCUGGCCAAGUGCCCACGGGCAGUGUGUGUUAUGAGAGAAACGGGGAAGUGUUUUAUUUGACCUACACCCCUGAGGAUAUAGAAGGAAAUGUGACUUUAGAUACCGGCGAUAAAGUCAAUUUUUACAUGGAGACCAACAAGCACACUGGUGCUGUUAGUGCUCACAACAUUGUAUUGGUAAAGAAGAAACAGUCAAGAUGUCAGGGAGUUGUUUGUGCCACCAAGGAGGCCUUUGGAUUCAUUGAACGAGGAGAUGUUGUGAAGGAGAUCUUCUUCCACUACAGUGAGUUUAAAGGAGAUCUGGAAGCUCUACAAGCUGGAGAUGAUGUGGAAUUCAGCAUUAAAGAAAGAAAUGGCAAGGAAGUGGCCACAGAUGUGAGACUGUUGCCUCAGGGUACCGUUAUAUUUGAGGACAUCAGUAUUGAGACUUUCGAGGGAACUGUCAACAAGGUUAUUCCCAAGGUCCCCAACAAGAAUCAGAAUGACCCACUGCCUGGGCGAAUCAGUGCCAGAAUUAAUUUCACUGACAAAGAGCUGCUAUUCGGUGAGAAGGACAGCAAGUCCAAAGUGACGCUGCUUGAGGGCGACCAUGUCCAGUUCAAUAUAUCCACUGACCGUCGUGACAAACUGGAGAGAGCCACAAAUAUCGACAUCCUCCCCGAUACCUUCCAUUUCACAAAGGAGGCCCGUGAAAUGGGUGUGAUAGCUGCCAUGCGUGAUGGUUUCGGCUUCAUCAAAUGUGUGGACCGUGAUGCCCGAAUGUUCUUCCAUUUCAGCGAAGUUCUGGAAGAGAGCCAGCUGCACAUUUCUGAUGAAGUGGAAUUCACUGUAGUCCCUGACAUGCUGUCAGCCCAAAGGAACCAUGCAGUGCGGAUCAAAAAGCUGCCCAAGGGCACAGUGUCGUUCCACACUCAAUCUGAGCUGCGUUUUAUGGGAGUUGUGGAGAAAGAAGCUGUGCCUGCUACAACCAACAAGAACUCCAGCCCCAGCAAGGGCAAAGAGAAGGUUAAAGUUGAAAAGGAUGCAGAGGAAGGCUCGAUUGCUUAUGAAGAGAGUGGAGUGAAGAGCACUAUUCCCUACUAUAUUAAAGACCUGGAGGGAGGCGCUUACCCACAGCUUGGAGACAAGGUGGAGUUCUCCAUCAGUGAGGUGAAACGCACCGGACAGCAAAGUGCUGUGUCCCUCAAGAUCCUUAAUCGUGCUGCUGGCACCAAUAGGCUUCUGGGAUACAUAGCAACACUGAAGGAUAACUUCGGCUUCAUAGAAACAGCCAAUCAUGAUCAGGAAAUUUUCUUCCACUACAGUGAGGUAUGUGGGGAUGUGGAUAACAUGGACCUGGGGGAUACAGUGGAGUACACUCUCUCCAAGGGCAAAGGAAACAAAAUCAGUGCUGAGAAGGUCACCAAAGUUGCAGCUGUGAAUGGAGUAGAAGAGGAUGCGAGUAAUACCAUGUUCCUGGGGAAAGUGGUUCGGCCCUUGCGCAGUGUGGACCCCUCUCAGAAUGAUUAUCAAGGCCUUAUUGAGAUCACAGAGGAAGACACUUCACCAGGAGUCAGUAAGGGUCAGAGUUAUCCGUUCGGCAUCGUUGGUAUGGCCAAUAAAGGUGACUGUCUGCAAAAGGGUGAGAUGGUGAAAUUUCAGUUGUAUACAGUGGCCCAGACAGGACAAAAGAUGGCCUGCAACAUUGUCCCUCAGCGUAGAGCCCUGGUGGAGUGCGUCAAAGAUCAGUUUGGUUUCAUCACAUAUGAAGUUGGAGAGAGCAAGAAGCUGUUUUUCCACGUCAAGGAGGUUCAAGAUGGCCUGGAGCUCCAGGCCGGUGAUGAAGUGGAGUUUUCAGUUAUCCUGAACCAGCGGACAGGCAAAUGCAGUGCCUGCAAUGUUCGUAGAGUCAGUGAGGGUCCAAAACCAGUAGCAACACCUCGACCUGACCGACUGGUCAAUCGCUUGAAGAGCAUCACUCUUGAUGACACCAACGCCCCCCGUCUUGUCAUUAUCAGACAGCCUCGUGGCCCAGAUAAUUCAAAGGGCUUCAAUGUAGAGAGGAAAACCCGCCAACCCGGUGUUACUGACUGAGUACGGUUCACUCCUCUUCCUCCUCCUGACUAUGGAAGAAACACCUUGUAGAAAAGCAAUCAGACAGAGGGCAGAGGAAGGGAGCUGUGUUUCUCUUUUCGCUCUCAUUUUAUCUCUCUCACCCGUAAACACAAUUCAAGACUUGAAAAUUAGCACACACAAUUCCUUUCAUGUCAGGAUCCCUUGCAAAAAAAAAAUCUCAUCUCAUUGUAUGUGUGACAUUUUUGUGUGGUUGUUUUUUUGAGCAAAACCCCUCGUGUUAUUCGAGCGUGUGAGUGUGGUAUGCAUCAUGUUUGGAAAAAGUAAACUUGUAAGGUUAUGCAGAGGAUGUUAUGGGAAAGGGUUUCAUAGUUCUCAUAUCUUUGAUUGAGAUGUGGGCACUGCUUGACCUGUUUUUCGUUUCUGCAUAAAUUGAAAUGCCAGGAAUUCUGCACCUGCUGCUGUGUGAGUGAGUUUUUGUUUUAGAGUAGCUUUGCCUGUCUGUAUUUGACUUCCAUUUAUAUAUACUUUAUUCUUCCUGUAUCACUUGAAUUCUUCCCAUGUUGACUUUUUCACCCAGGUGAAGUUGAGAUAAUGCUAGGCUCUUUCUGCUAAGAAAUAGAAUGACUUUGAGGUUCUUUUCACUUGCGUUUCCAUACCAAUUCCAUAGGUUUUAACAUGGAUCUGAAAACGUAAUAAAUUUUCCUCUGCGCUCAGAACCUGAUUGUGUAUGGUUUUUGAUGUGAAUUACUAUUUUUGGUUAUUUUCCUGAUUUCACAUGCUCCAUCUGUUUAUGGCAAGUGCAGAAUUCCUAAUGGCAUCUUGUAGCCUGCAGUCUUUUUUAUAUAGCCCUUCUUUCUUUGCACAUGUAAUUACAAUUUUUUCCCCCUUUGUGUUCUACUUAAUGUCUGCUAAUGAAUAAAGAAAAAGGUGCCUAAAAACAAACAAAAAAAUAAAUAAAUGGUGUUUCUAUUCCCAAACAUCCACCAAAAUAUAAGAGCAGUUAUAGGGUGGUGUGCUAUCCAACCCCCCACAGUUAUAGAAUACAGGUGUGCAACCGCACCCCCCCCCCCCCCCCACCACCACCCGCCACCCCCACUAUCUGGGGGUUAAAAUAUACUCUAUGUAUGCUUUUACUUGGUUGGACCUGAAUAAUAUAAGCAAAUGUGUGCAGAACAUGAGAAGUGGGGGAAAUGUAAUAAGCAAAAUUUUAAAACAUGCAGAGAAAUUUGAUUAUAUGAAUAGAGGCUUUUUGCAGUGCUUCUUAUGACAUAUGGAGCUAUUACUGUCUUGAAUAUUCUCUGGAGCACCCUGGGUUUGUGUUGAACUUUACGGUUCUCCUAUAUACUUUUGUUAAUGGUCUUGAAUGAAACCAUUGAAAUAAACAUUUUAUGAGAAUCAAA